AUGUUCUACUGUUUAGAUGCCCAACCUACAGAAUCUGAAAAGGAAAUUUAUAAUCAGGUGAAUGUAGUGUUAAAGGAUGCAGAAGGAAUACUGGAAGACUUGCAGUCAUAUAGAGGAGCUGGCCAUGAAAUACGAGAGGCAAUACAGCAUCCCAGUGAUGAGAAGCUGCAAGAGAAGGCAUGGGGUGCAGUUGUUCCACUAGUAGGCAAGCUAAAGAAAUUCUAUGAAUUUUCUCAAAGACUAGAGGCAGGAUUGCGAGGUCUGCUGGGAGCUCUGACAAGCACUCCAUACUCACCAACGCAACACCUGGAGCGAGAGCAGGCUCUUGCUAAGCAGUUUGCAGAAAUUCUUCACUUCACACUUCGGUUUGAUGAGCUCAAGAUGACAAAUCCUGCUAUACAGAAUGAUUUCAGCUACUACAGAAGAACUCUGAGCCGUAUGAGGAUUAACAAUGUUCCAGCAGAGGGAGAGAAUGAAGUAAAUAAUGAGUUGGCAAACAGAAUGUCUUUAUUUUACGCUGAAGCCACGCCAAUGUUGAAAACCUUAAGUGAUGCUACAACAAAGUUUGUGUCAGAGAAUAAAAAUUUACCUAUAGAGAAUACUACAGAUUGCUUAAGCACCAUGGCUAGUGUGUGCAGGGUCAUGCUGGAAACCCCUGAAUAUAGAAGCAGGUUUACAAAUGAGGAAACUGUAUCAUUCUGUCUGAGGGUAAUGGUGGGUGUCAUCAUACUCUAUGACCACGUGCAUCCGGUGGGCGCUUUUGCCAAAACAUCAAAAAUUGAUAUGAAAGGAUGCAUCAAAGUUCUUAAAGACCAGCCUCCUAACAGUGUAGAAGGCCUUCUAAAUGCUCUCAGGUACACAACAAAGCAUUUGAAUGAUGAGACUACCUCCAAGCAAAUUAAAUCCAUGUUGCAAUAACAGUUACCUGGAAUUCGCACCUGCUGUAGACAGACAGUAUUCUGCAAUGACUGAGAUGCACAGAGUUGUUUUUUUUUAGUGAUUGCAACUACUAUCUCGUUCAUUCUUGCUUUUUAUUUUCUCUCUCCCUGUUUACCCUUUUUUUUUUUUUUUUUUUUAAUCAAUCACUUUCUUGUUCUUAAGUAAGCUCAGACUUCUUUUCUGUGCCAAAUCAAUGAAAAUUAUCAAUUCUGGGAAGUAUUGCUACUUUCCUGAAUAGCCAUCCUAAGUGGCAGCUAAUUAUGCGUUGCAUUUGGAUUUCUCUGUACUGGGGAAAGAUUUGUGACUUGAACUAAAUAUUUUUAAACUUGUGGGGUUUUUUUUCUUUUUUUUGAAAAACUAAUAUUUAAUAUUGCUUCUUCUGCAUGGCAAGACUGCCUACUUCUGCUAUUUAAAAAUCCCUCGAUGACUUCAUUUUCUAUUGCAGCUUAUUUUCAUGUGCAACCAUGAGGAAACUAAGAGCAGAUUUGUUUAAAUUAACUGUGUUUGUACAAAAUGGUACCCAACACAAAGGUUUUUUUAAAUAAGUAAAAACUUGUUUUGUUUAAAAGUUACGUUUGCAUUUUGACUCAUUUUUGUAAGGAUGUAUGUUGUAUGUUUAACCUUUAAUAACUAACGUUAAACUGUGGUGUGUGCGUAGCAAAAUUACGUAUGCAUGUUCAUGUCAAAUGAUUGGCUGUGGAUAAGAUAAUAAAAUCAGCUUUCAUUUUUCUAAG